CCAGGAAGCAGCAGCGCCGCCCUCAGGAAGUGUCCCAGACUUCAGUAACUGACAGCGGGUUGGAUGUCACGGGUUUCCUGGCUCACCCAGCCGCAGGUCAGCGGAGAUGAGCGCCUAAACCUCCGCUAACCCGUGGCUGUGUGAUCGGAGCGCGGCGGUAUCAUCCCAUCCACCCGAUUGUGCUGCUGUUGGAGCUGCAGUGACGAUGCCUCUGGUUGUGCCUGAGAACCACAGUCAUGUCCUGGCAGAGUUCGACUGCCUCGACCCGCUGCUCUCUGCUCUGCGUUUGGACUCCGGCAGACUGAAGUGUACCUGUCUGGCUGUGUCGAGGAAGUGGCUGGCACUGGGAACAUCGACAGGAGGGCUGCACCUGAUUCAGAAAGAAGGCUGGAAACAGAGACUCAUUCUGACUCACAAGGAGGGAUCAAUCACUCAGGUGGCAUGUUGCCCUCAUGAUGAAGAUUUUAUUGCUGUUGCAACAAGUCAGGGUCUGGUGGUUGUUUGGGAGCUGCAGCUGGAGCGGCGUGGUCGUCCAGAGCGCGUCAGCGUGUCUUCAGAGCACAGAGGACACGACAUCACCGCCCUCUGCUGGGAUACAAACGCACUGCGGGUUUUUGUUGGGGACUCUGCAGGCAAAGUGUCCUGUCUGCGGGCAGGAUCGUCUAAACUGGGCAAGGGGGCAGCAUUUGUCAUCUUUCCUGUCCAAACUGUUACUACUGUUGACUCCAGAGUGGUUCAGCUUGGAUAUUAUGAAGGGCGCCUCCUUGUGUCUUCUCUCAGUCGCUGCUACCUUUGUGACACAGAGAAGGAGAAAUUUUGGCGCGUAGGCAACAAGGAGCGAGACGGGGAAUACGGAGCCUGCUUCUUCCCCCUGAGCAGGGGUUUACUUGUGGGACAGCCCCCCCUGCUGUACUGCGCUCGGCCUGGGUCCCGGAUAUGGGAGGCCAAUUUUAACGGCGAGGUUCUGAGUACUCAUCAGUUCAAACAACUGCUCGCCUGCCCCCCCCUACCUUUAAUCACUUACAGAAAUGAGCCAAAUUACAAUCCAACACAUAAAAGUGCGCAGUCUCUCUGCUUCCCUAAGCUGCUUUAUUUUGGAGACCAAAACCUGCUUACCUGGACGGAUUCAGCCAUUUUCAUCUUUACACCUCAAAAUGGACAAGUCUUGCUGUGGACUGAAGUUAAAGACCUGGCUGAUGUUGCCGUCCACCGUAACGAGCUGUUCUGUCUCCACGGCAGCGGCCGUCUGUCCCACCUGUCUCUGCUGUCUGCGGAGCGCUGUGUUGAACGUCUGCUGCGGAAAGAGUCUUGGACUCUGGCGGCUACCGUCUGCUGCAUGUUUCAGCACGCCGUCAUGACGAGCAGGGCCAGGAAGUGCGUUCCCAUGGAUCACCUUGAACAGCUGAAGUCUCAGCUCAGUUCCAGCUCGCAGGCAGAGCUGAUUCACCAGCUGGAGGAAGUCAUCCUGAAGCUGGAGCCGCUGGACUCUGCUUGCAGCAGCCGCAGAAGCAGCAUCUCUUCACAUGAGAGUUUUAACAUCCUGGACUGCGGGAUCUACCGCGUGAUCAGCCGUAGAGGAAGCCAGUCGGACGAGGAGACGGGAUCGCUCCUCAAUCAGUCCGUGUCGGAGGAGGAGCGGCUCAAGGAGUUCAGCUUCGUUCAGGAGGAGGAUCAGGUGGAUCAUGAUCCACAGAGCGGCGAGCGCCCGGACGCCGAUCGACCCGACCAGGGCCUGCAGUUCCACCUGCCGCUCUCUUUCCGCUCCAAACCCCCCCGCAUGGCUUUGCAGGCCGUCAAAGACAGUGUUUCCAGUUUUGUCAAGAAGACGACGGAGAAGAUCAACACCCUGCAGAUGAACUCGGAGCUUCGCCAGCGGCCUGAGUUUAAAGAGAGCUCCCAGCCCGACGCGUUAGCGGGCGCGCCGUCGUACUCGGAGGAAAUGGAGAAUGACGUUUAUAAUGAAGUAUCUAACGCUGAGGUUGCUAUGGAGGUACUGCGUGCAGCAACAGAGCGAGCCGUCUCCCAGAUACACGAUCCUUUGGCGGUGCUUGAUCCAGUCUGCCUCAGAGAAGCGCUGAUGGAGUGGCUGCCGGUGUUGGAGCGAACUUUGGGCCCUGCUAACCUCCUGUCAGCUUCUGUAACCAAUUCCAGCCUGGAUGGAUCCGAGGAGCAAUGGGAGAGAGAUUAUCUAAGCCCCUGCACAGAUCAACAACAACCAACAGAAAGUCUAACAGUAGAAGCCAAAGCCGUAGAACUAGAAGAAAAAGAAGUGGUCUGUGAGAAACCGCAGACGUUAAACAUCAGUUCACUAGAUGAUCAAACCGAGCCGGUUCGAGUGGCACCUCCUACUCCUCUACCCACGGAUCUGGAAGCUAAUCUCAGCGAGCUAGCUACGCUUCACAUGGAGCUGAGCUGCUUCAGGAACCAGCAGGACGUUCUGGGAGGCUCUACUUUCCUGCGUCGCUACUUCUUCCUGCUGGACACGGAGCGAGUGAGAAGAAUGUGUCUUCUCUGUUACCGGCAGCAGCCCAAGAUCAUGAGCUCCUUCUCUGAGGCCAUGCUAGAGCUGACUCAGUCCAGCAAGGUGGUGGAAGUUAUUCAGAAAGGAGAUUUGCUGAAAUCUCUUCGAAGCCUUAAGGAUCUGCAGCCGUGUGCAGCGUCUCAUCUGCUGGCUCACUUCCACAGGCUAUAUGAGAAGCACGGGGAGGCAGCCGUCCGCUCGUUUGCCCAGUUCUUUCCUGUGAUAACUCCUGCUGACGUGGCGGCGGUGGCUCAGCAAAGCCACUUUCUGGCUUACCUGGAUAACCUUGUGCAAUCAAGACCCGAGGAGCACAGGUUAUCGUUUUUGCAGUCGCUUCUCGAACCUGAAUCACUGAGACACGAUUGGCUGGAGUUGGCGCUGACUCAUGAUGCCCCUCAGCUGACCGAUACCCUGACCUCUGAUGGACGGCCCAGGUGGCAUUCACACCGCUUCACUUGGGGCUACCGACGUCUGCUGUCUCUCCUGAUUCGCCUUCCUGCAGACAUUUCAUCUAAAGAGAAGAUGACCGAGAUGUGCCGCAGUCAUGGGUACUGGACGGGAUACCUGUACCUCUGCAAAGAGCUGCAGAGUCGCACCGAAGCGUUUUCCACCAUCUGUCAGCUGGAUGACGUCAGCCUCCUGGAGGAUCCUGAUGGUGUUGAACCUGAAACCCUGGACGAGUGGAAGCUUCUGCUGCAGCUCUCUCAGCAGUACUGCGGUGUGGCGGCUGCACCGCCGGCCGCAGACGUUAACGGGACCGGCUGGUCCAACGGUUCCACAGACUGCCAGGGACGGAUCACCCCGGAGAGCCUGACCCUGAUGCUGGCUCGCACGGUGGGGCCGGACCGGGCCCUGGCGCUGCUCCAUGAAUGCGGAGUUCAAGUGGUCCUUUCCCCCCAUUCCAAACUGGUGUGUGACCUGCUGAGAGUCACGGAGAAGCGGCAGAGGGCGAUGAUUCAGACCAUGCUGGAGCGGUGCGAUCGGUUCCUCUGGUCUCAGCACGCCUGAAUGCUGACCGGUGCAUCAUUCGCUGACUCAGCACCUUUUAAACUCUCCUCAGCUCUUCAAGAUAAAAUCUUAUUUAUUCCACCCAGGCCAAAACGAUGCACUUGUGCUUUAGUGAGAAAUGUUGUCUUUUCCUUUAAAGCAGCGCCUCGUCGCUUCUGUCAGUAUUCAUGCGCUUGUUUGCAUCAUUCUCUGUCUAUUUCUGUUUUUGCAUGCUUGUACGAGUACUAAUAUAGAUGCUGUAACUUAUCUUUCUGUUGUUGAAGGCCAAAGAAAUCAGUCUUCCUGCUAUGAAAAUAAAUACUUGAAGUAAUUAAAGGGUUGUGUUAAAAGCAAGUUUUAUCAGGUGAAUAAAGUCGUCUGUGAAAAUUUAA